CUCUCUUCUCUCUCUCUCAAGAAUUUUCCACUCUCUAUCUAUAUUCCAAUACGCUUCUGAGAUUCUCUCUCAACGAAACGAAAUCAUCAUCAUCAUUCAUCAUUCAUCGUCAUCCUCCUCGUGUGUUCUCCUCCAUGUUUACCUCUCGCUCUCCUUACCAUCCAUCGUCUCUAUUCGAUUCUCCUUCCCCCGAUCCCCGUUGACUUCGACUCCCUCUCUGUCUUUCUGUUUCUUCAUCGUCUUCCUCUUUUCAACGGUUAUCAGAGACAGAAAUGGACCAAGCCCUUCUCGAUGACAUCAUCAAUCGGCUUCUGGAGGUCCGAGGCCGACCCGGCAAGCAAGUUCAGCUGUCGGAAUCGGAGAUCCGUCAGCUCUGUACUCACUCCAAAGAAAUCUUCUUGCAGCAGCCCAAUUUGUUGGAGCUCGAAGCCCCCAUCAAGAUUUGUGGAGAUAUUCAUGGCCAGUAUUCGGAUCUGCUGAGGCUAUUUGAAUACGGUGACUUACCACCUCGUGCCAAUUACUUGUUCUUGGGGGACUAUGUUGACCGAGGCAAGCAAAGUCUUGAAACGAUCUGUCUUCUCCUUGCUUACAAAAUAAAAUACCCUGAGAAUUUCUUCCUUUUACGUGGAAACCACGAAUGUGCUUCCAUAAAUCGUAUAUACGGGUUUUAUGACGAGUGCAAGAGAAGGUUUAACGUCAGGCUAUGGAAGGUAUUCACAGACUGUUUCAACUGCUUACCAGUGGCAGCCCUUAUCGAUGAAAAGAUUCUCUGUAUGCAUGGUGGUCUCUCACCUGACCUUCAGAAUUUGGACCAGAUUAGAAACAUGCAGCGCCCAACCGAUGUUCCAGACACAGGUUUGCUAUGUGAUCUUCUCUGGUCUGAUCCCAGUAAAGAUAUCCAAGGUUGGGGAAUGAAUGAUAGGGGCGUUUCCUACACUUUUGGAGCUGAUAAGGUCACCGAAUUUCUGGAGAAGCAUGACUUGGAUCUCAUCUGCCGUGCCCAUCAGGUCGUAGAGGAUGGGUAUGAGUUCUUUGCAAACCGACAACUGGUGACAAUAUUCUCGGCGCCUAACUACUGCGGAGAGUUUGACAAUGCAGGCGCUAUGAUGAGCGUAGAUGACACUCUUAUGUGCUCGUUUCAAAUCUUAAAGCCUGCGGAUAAGAAACCCAAGUUCGGGUUUGGGAGCAGCACGGCUACAACCACCAAAGCCGGUAGCCCUUCUACCGGUCUUAGCAAUGUGUUUGGAAGCACAGCCACUGUAAAGCCUGGUGGUUCACCUGCCGGGAUCAAGCCGUUCCUAGGGUUAAAAGGAUGAAAUUCGAGAGAGAUUCGUCGACCCAAAACCGCCAUUGAAGACUUGAGCUAAGCUGAGGCUCCUUUCCUUCAUUGUGUGUGACAGAUAAUCUUUACAUGUGUAUGUCUCAUGUCUGUAUUAAGAAAACUUAGAAACGGGAGAGAGAGCCAUUGGGAAAAUUUUCUUCUUCUUGUUUUUGGAUAUAACAAGUGUUCUUCUUGCUCGUCUUCUUCCUCUGUACACUUUAAAAAAACACGUGUGAAAAAGUCCAGUAGCUGCAGGGAAAUACAGUUGGUAGAAACACGACGCCGUUUUACUC